CUUUCCUUUUAAAUAGUUAAAAAAGCGUAUAGGAAUUCAAGAACUAUAGUCGCAGCAUAGCUCAUUAGUCCUGAAGGUUACGAGGGGCGAAAACGUCGAAAAUUCUUCAUCAUAAACGUGGCGUGUUCAGCCAGGUCAUUAUUGAAGUCCGACAAAUGGAAACCACAACGAGUGAUCUAAGCGGCGAACCAAGCGAAGGAAGGUAAGCUGUUCAAGUGCAUUUUCCAGAUGUUGAGUAAAUAUAUAAGAAGAGCCGACAGUGUAAUUUCUGUCGUUGAUACUGAUUACAUCGUCGGAAAUUCACUCAAUGAAGUUUUCAAAUCAAGUUUAUCGGAUUACGUUCUGGGCUUACUGUAUCGUACACGAAUACCCGCGUAGACACGGUGAAACUUAUAGACUCAUUAUUAUUUCAUAAUUGGCUCAUAAUCUGACCGCACAAAUCUCAUGGAAGCUUUAAAAUUACCAAUUCCAAAGCGAUGCAUUGGAUAUGAUGCUGUAGCCCUUCGAAGGAUAUUAAAUAUUUCUUUAGUCUGCUGGAAGUCAAUGAGCCUAUAUCGAGGUUACCCUCGAUACUAUUGUUAGCUGUUCGUGGUUUGAUAAAAACGUGUAUCGGAAUUUGUUCCGCAGGCUCUUUGAUAGAUUUAUUAUUUUUAUUUCAUUGUUUUUUGUUUUUGUUUUUUGGGGGCUGUGUGCUUAUUGAUAUGUACUUAUGUAUAUCUGUAUAUAUUUAUGUGUCCCUGUCAAAUCAAAUAUCUCCUUUUAGAAGUGAAUUUAGAUGUGCCUAUUUCUGGAGAUCACUGCAAAAAUCAUUUUUAUUCUUGAGAUUAGUGUGAAAAAAUGGUCACAAAAUGGGAGUUACCCUUUAACUACCCCAUUUUUUUUCACUUCUCAUGAUAAUUAUAUUAAGACAUUAGAAGUUACAAAUUGCCAGUCAAUGGGUCUGGAAAGAGACAGCUGGAUGCGUGAGUAGCCUAUCAUGUCUGUCACUUAAAUUCAAAAUUUAAUGGAUGCGUCAUUACGAAACAUUGGAAAUGGCAAAUGUCAUUAAAUACCGAACACAUUGUGCGCUUUGCCUCGUCGAAGCUUUGGUAUUUGCCAUAAAAAUCAGCAGAAACACGUACUGACUGUAUUUACAUUGAUCUUGCAUUACCGAUGGAAUUGACAGUCAUCUCUUUCUUGUCAGCUGUCAAUAACCAUUGUUGCAGACUGAAAAGUAAUCCAGUUUUCAAAAGCAUACCUCCCAUCUGCCAGCCUCUCUUAGCUAAUACUUUUCUUUGUAAAUAUUUUGGGUUUUUAAGUGUAAAAUGCUCCAAAACAUGACCGCACACCACAUCAAACAACACCUUUGCAUCCGCCGUUUGAAAUCUGCUCCAGGAAAAUAAAUCUAUGCUGCCUGCUUGAUUUGUGCAGGCAACGAUCUGAUUGGUGGUAAUUGACAAUAGCAAGCCCAUGCGUCCAGCCGUCUGUUCGGGGGAGUGUCAGCGUGGGCUCAUUUCCCGAACAGCAGCUGGUAAUUGAGCCUAAAUAAAAGCUUCCAUUUGAGUCAAAGCAGACAACCCCAUUAUAAAAGGCAGGUGUGUCUCUCAGGUGAUGCUUUUCUAGCUGAUUCUUAACUUUGAUGUACUAAUGAGAUGUGGAAAGCUAACAUUUACAUUAUUUUCUUUACAGAUCAUCAGUUCAGGAAAAAUCCUCAGGUAAUAAACCAUGACUCGUUAGCAUUAUAAAUUGGGGGGUUAGUGUGUUAGUGGCACUGGAGAGGCCUAGAGGUGCCAUCCUUCCCCGGUUAAAAGUGGGAAGAAAAAUCCCCUUCCUGGUUCCCCCUACUUCUAUGGAGGGUCCCCAAUAGGGUUCUUCAAUCACGUCAUCAUCCCAACCCAAAGUUUCAUGCAAUCCCAUAAUCCCAAUGGUUAUUUUUGGCAUUCUGCAUUCCCUGCAUGCGUACUUUCAAUCCCAAAUCUUGCCACAGUUUUCGUUAAAAUCCCAAAUCCCACCCUUUAAAAAAGGUAAAUCCCGCAUCCCCAAGAACAGAUUAGGGACCCUUUCUAUGGUGAUAUGUUUGUUCAAUGUUUGCUUACAUUUAUUUUUCAAACUACCCAUGGUAGACCAUAGAUCAAAAAAUUUCGACAAAGACAGAUUUCAGAAGGGUGCUCUGAUACAACAUUUGGAGGUGUGAGCUUUACGUGUUUGGCCAAGUUUGAUUAGUUUCUCUAUUUCUUUGCAGCUGAGAACAGUCCAUCUGUCAGUCCUAAUAAACCUGAGCAACGAAAGGUUGGUGGAAACUAAAUGAGGAAUGUUUGGGAAAGUGCUCAAGUACUUAAUCCCCCUCAUACAUUUCUUGCAGUGCUAACAAUAAGUGUUUUAUUUUAUUUUUUGUUUAUUUUUAUUUUUAUUUUUUUUCAAGUAUCUUUGCUAAUCAUUUCCUCUUCUCCUGGUCUUAAUAUUAUUGUUCAAAAGGAUGAUAGCUCUAUCCACUGGAUAAAUAGCGAAAGAUUUGAGUUAGCGAGGUUCAAGUUAUCGGGAGUCAACUGUAGAUGACACAGUGUAGUCCACCAGCAAUGAACAUGCUGCCUAUUUUGUCUUUAAUUUACAGCCUAUAUUUACCAAAGGAAAGAAACGGAAAAAGCCUGACAAGGACUUAAAUGCACCUAAAGCUCCUCUGACAGGAUAUGUUAGGUUUCUAAAUGAACACCGUGAAAAAGUGAGAGCUGAAAAUCAAGAUCUUCCAUUUCAUGAAGUUACGAAAAUCCUUGGAAAUAUGUGGAGUCAACUGCCUUCUAAUCAAAAACAGGUAUUGUUUGGAGUGUUAAAACUGUUCUGUUGCACAAAGAUCUUACAAUCUAGGAGUAUUGGUAAGUUGUUAGUCUGCAACCAAGGUCUCCCUCCAUUUGGAAAUCACAAGAGUCAAAGAUUACGUGCAAGUGUGCCACAAAAAAGUACAGUGGGUCAAGCAAGGAGAGCUUGAUUACCAUCAGCCUCUUGCAAUUCCCAAAUGGAGCACUAGUCUGUUGUAGUUCUUCAUUUAUACUCUUGGAUAGGGAGAGAAAGUGUAGUCAAGCAAAGUGUCUUGUCCACGAGAGGGUUACAAUGCAACAUUACAGUCAAGUUUUAAAACACUGACUUCUAGAUCAGGAGACUAUGUACAAGCUACAGCACCAGACUAUCAUGCCUCCAUAUGCAUGGAGAGGGGGUGGGUGGGAGGGGUAACAAGGAGGUCCAAACCUGCCAUACCUUGCAUUCCUGCUGUCCUGCCCCUUUCUCCUUUCCUUCCUCUGUUAAGCCCUUUUUCGAUUGCAAAGGUAUUAAUUAUAAAUAUGCAUUGUUAGAUAAUUUCCCCUUGUUUCUCCUGCUUCCCAACCUAUUAGAACUCCCACCUCCUGCCCUUUACUCUCCUCCCCGCCAUCCUUCUCCUUUCCCCUAUUUGUCUAGCUUCCCACCCUGUCUUCCUGCUGGUGCUCUCCCACAUUCAUCAAAGCAUAGUUAUUAAAGUGGAAUGGUUAUGAAGCCUGUUGGAUCUCUUUGUUUUAAGUGCUUUGUCAGCUUUUUUGAACUUGAGGGUGCACAAUGUUCAAGAGCAUUCCUAUCAUUUUGAUCUUUUCCACCAGUAAAAAUUUGGCAUUAAUUUAUACAGGACACAAUUUGUGAACAAAAAAGAAAGAAUUGUGCACCAUCAGGGAACUUCCAACUUAAAAUGCAACACCGUUGUAUUUAUCUUUGAAGCUUGCUGGCUUUCAUAGCCCGUCUUCUCUACUAUGAUCAAUGCCACCACUGAUAAAACAAUUACUUCACUAAGAAACUGAAGCUUGCUGUCUGCUCAUUAUGCAUGCUCAUACUUGGACCUUUUCAAUCGAAUUUAGAGUUACCUAGAAGAAGCAGAGAAGGACAAGGAAAGAUACAUGAAGGAGUUGGAACUUUAUCAGCAAACUGAUGCUUACAAGAAUUUUGUCGCCAGACAAAAGGCUUUGAAAAAAGGUUAACGUCUUGUAGUAAUAGUCUUCCAUCUUGUUUUGAUCCAAGUCAGGAAUAAGGAACAAACUUGUAGUAACUUUCUAGUAUCAGAUUCUGUAAAGUAAAAAAAAGAACCGUUCUAACCAUAAAAGAUUUGAAAAUGAUGUCUCGGAUUGGUGACAGCCUUGUGAUGGUUCUUUAUACACAUAAGUAGGAAAAUUCAAAACCAGUGCAUGUUAUUUUAUUGAGUUUUGGUUUUGCUUGCCAGGGAGUUUGAGCAAUCUACAAUUGGCAACAAAAUUAGUUGAAACACUUUGUCAGAAAAAAGCUUUUCUGACAUUUUACUGAGUUAAAAAGGGGAAAGUAAAGCUUUUCCUCCCCUAUCCCUUCCAUGCAAUGUUGCACCGUUGUUCAAGCUACCUGUGAAAAACAACAAACACCCCAAUUUCGAAUGGAAGGGAUGGGGAAGGGGUGUGGAUUUUUUGUUCUCUGAAGUUACCCUAUUUGAGUACAAUGUCUCAACAAUUUUGUUUGCCGAUUGUAGCCUCUUUGCAAACUUUAGAACAUGUGAGAUUUGUGGAGCUCUCGAAGUGCAACACAUUUUUACUGUUUAUCAUGUGUGAAUAAAGAAUUCUCCUGCAUUCUGCCCCAAUGACCUUAGAAUUUAAAGUUUGUGGUUACAUAAAGUACUUUGUAUAUCAUGAUACCUUGUAAUAAAUCUCUGAAUAAAACUAGAUAUUAACCAUUUACCAACUGCAAAGAUUUGUACCUAGACAUUAAAUUCUUGUACGUUUGGCUUCUACAUAGGUUCUGGUGAUGGUGUCAAUGGAACACAGGUAAGAAUGUCUGUGGUUUUGUAACACUCCAAAGUUGUCCUAUUGUCAAUGGGGUUGUUGUGAAUUUGGCUAAAAGUUGGACUGGUUUGACAUGUAGUUAGGUAGAUAUUAGAGAAAGGGACAUUAGAAGCUUCAUUAAGUAGAAUAAUUCUUAAACAGAGUGCCAUGUUUAGGUCAAGUAAAAAAGUUUUGUUGAGGAAGUCAAUGUCAUAUCAACCUCUCUGGCUAAACUAAGGUUAUUUAAAUCAUGAGUCUAAGGUUAGUGAAGUCAAGUUUUUGGGAUUUGAAAGACCUCACCGUAUUUAUAACUUCGUAUUAAAGAGUUUCUGUCCUGUUUGUGUGUGAUUCUUUUACAUCUAGCGUUUGAUCUUUUAGUUUAUUCAGUCUUUAAUCUGCCUGUUCUUUUUAUUUUACCAGGGAGGAAAUGAUGACUUGUUCUGCAGCGCAUGUAAUUUAUACUUCAACUCACCCCAUAACAAACGCGAACACAUGUCUGGGAAGAAGCACUUUGCAGUCAUAUCCUCACAAAUGAACAGAGCUGAGAAACAACAAGGAGAAAAAACAACAAACGGAAAAGAUAUGCCACAAGUGAAAAAAGUGGAUGAAUCUACAGAAUCACAGUCACUACAGGUUCCACUGGAUGGUGAUAUUCCCAUAUUUACAGAGGAAUUUCUAAAUUACAACAAAGGUAAUGGUAACAUUUGAAUUCCAGGAAACUCUCUGUAAAAAAAGAAAAGGUGGAAACUAGACGUAGUUAUCUUCAACCAAACUUAGAACUUUUCAGAUUUAAUUUCCUUUCUUUUCUUUUAAGCUUAGAAUACAUGGUUUUGUUAUAACAUUUUUGCUGUAAAACAUUUUCAUGAUUUUGUACAUGUUUGAUUCCAGAAAAGUUCUAAGAACUUCAGAGAAAAUUAUUCCUAACAAAGCCCUCUUGAGUGGGCUCCAGUGACUAGUGCUGUUUUACUCUUUGCUAUACACCCUUCUUGGCAAUACUUGUAGCUAAUGAAUUAGUUAGGUAUGCAUAUUUUUUUCUAGCUAAUGAGUUGAUCAAAAGACGUAACUAGAAGUCUAACCUACCUCCUAGCCCCUCAUUAUUUUUGAUCAAGCAAAUCAUGAAAUGUGCAGUACCUUGUGGAAUAGCGGGUAUAUCUUUCAUCCAGUGAUCUUAGUUCUGUUCUGUUUUUUUAAUUUCAGCUCGUGAAAAUGAACUGAGGAAGUUAAGAAAGGUUAACACAGAGUUUGAGGAACAGAAUGCCAUACUUAGUAAACACAUAGAAAACAUGAAGAAAGGCAUUGAUAAACUGGAAGGUGAAAGAAAGGAGCAACAAAGUGAAAUUAGUGCUUUACAGAGACAUCUUGCCAAGUUGCGACAAAUAAUCUCUCGUAGCUUUGCUGACGUUCAAAUCCCAGGAGAAAAGGAUCCCAUAACACUGGAAUCUGUUGAUGCAUUUGUAGGAAAGCUACAGCACUAUAUUCAGGAAAAUAGCAAAGAGAAUUUGGAAUUAACAGCUAAGAUAAAAGACGUCAUUGCUUCUCUGGACUACCCUAAGUAA